AUGAUUUUUCUACUGCUUUUCUACACUGUUUCUUCUCAAUCUUGCCCUGAUGGAACAUACUACGACCAUUCCCUCUCCGUUUGUACACCUUGCGAUCAUACCUGUAGCACUUGCUCCAAAGCAAAAACUGAUUAUUCAGCAGGUUGCAUCACAUGUAAAAAUCCUACAGACUAUUUCACCAACGGCAACUGUUAUGCUCUUUGUGAAGGCUCCACAAGCUGCUAUACCUGCUAUUUUAGCUGCAAUCAUUGUAUUGGUCCUAAUAACAAUGAUUGCGUGGAUUGCUUUUGGGGAUUCAAUCUCUAUAAAGGGAUGUGCAUUUACGAAUGCCCCACAGGCACUUAUUCAGACUCUGGGAUCUGCAAAACUUGUGAUCCUUCAUGCAAUGGCUGCACUGGCGGAACUUCUGAUACUUGUAUUAGCUGUAAUUCUGGCUAUUAUAAUAUUUCAAAUGCCUGUUUAGCUCAAGUAUGUGGAGAUGGGAUCAUAGAAGGAUCAGAACAAUGCGACGAUGGGAAUUAUAUCAAUGGGGAUGGCUGUUCAAAUUGCAAAAUUGAUGUGUAUGUAUGCUACCCACCUUCUAUUCUUAAUAGCUAUUACUCAGAUGAUUUCAACAAAUUUUAUAUACAGUUUAGUGAAAAUGUUACAGUUUCAGCUAAUGAUUGUAGUUAUUUUGUAAAUAAAGAGCUACUUGGAAAUAACCCAAUCUGUUUAUUUAAUGGUGCAAUAAUUGAAAUUAUAUUUGGUGAUAGCCCUGAAUUGACAUGAAAAGAUUAUUUACAGAUUUCAAAUGGCUCUAUAUAUGGUGCUUGCCAUAAUACAACAAGCUACUCUCUUCGUGCUACUGGAUCUGAUCCUGAAUUCGGAGCAAUGCUACUUGGAACCCAAAUGAUGGGGAAAUGUGACCCUAUUUUAGAAGUAAAGCUAAGCCUUUUCUCAACCCGAAAUCGAAAAAUAUACUCAGUUAUCUGGUCUAUUUUCCAAAUAAUCCCUUUAGUAUCAAAUGAUGAAAUUGCUUCUUAUGCUACACUUUCCAAAGUGUUAAAUAGCAAUUUCAACGGAAGCUACUCAUAUAUCCCAAACUCAAAUUUAGCAUUAGGGAAAACAUAUAUCAUAAAAGUUUCAGUCUAUAACUUUUUAGGUCAGCAUAUUGACGUGUUUUCUACGACUGAGACAAAAAAUAUUUCUUCUCCUGUGUUUUAUGAUUUCGGGUUCGAAACUUUAUUUGUGAAGCCAGAAACUGAACUUACCAUUAGGGCUGAUGCUUAUGCAUGCGAAAUAGCCUCAGAAAUAGUAUUUGAUUGGGAAGUAACUCAAUUAAGUACAGUAAAUAAUUCUCAGAGUAAAAUAUCGAUGAUUUUAAGUGAACAAUAUGACAGAAUUCUGAUUAUUAAUAAAUAUUUGAUGAGUGAUGGCGACGAAAUGAACAUUACUGUGCAUGCUUGGCCUGCUCAUUCAAUGAAAGAUGCAGGGUAUAGAAUUAUUUCUAUUAAGUACAUGGCUUCAGAAAUAUUAGCCAGAAUCAAUCCAAGAUGUGUUAGUAUAUUGCAAAACGAAACAAUUGAAUUAAAUGCUUGGGAUAGUAUGGACUUAGGAAAACCAGAAGCUAGCUUAAACUAUAGCUGGGUUUUAAAAUAUUUUGGGAAUACAAUAGAGACCUCAGCUUCAGCUAUUUUUCAAAUAGAUGGUAGCAAAUUAAGCACUGGGAUACAUAAGGUGUAUUUAACAGUGUCAAGAGGAAGCAAAAGUGAUGAAGAUGAAAUUGAUUUAAUUGUUGGAAACAAUAAGGGAGAUAUUUAUAUUGAUAUGGGAAAAUAUUUAGAAACUGAUGAAUAUAUAAAAGUAAAUUCGAGCUAUUUUUCUGGAAUUUGAUCUUCGAAUUUAGUUUCGAGCUCUGCUUUAAAUUACAAGGAAAAUAGAUUUUUUAGAGAAAAUAUUGAAGGUUAUGGGUUUGUUAAUUGGACAACUAGUAAAAUAGCUUGUAACGAAAUUAUUAAUUUUGGAUCAACUCCAUAUAGUGGCUCAUUUACAGUAGAGCCCACAAUUGGGUUUCCAUACAAAACUCUUUUUACCCUGAGUGCAAAUUUAUGGGAAAAUGCUUUCAAUUAUCAGUUUUUUUAUAUAGAUACAACCUUAAGUGGAUCGAAAAAUAUUUAUGUUCCAUUAACAGAUCGGAUUUUUCAAAACAAUUUUGCUACAUAUUUACCCAAGAUCCCUAAUUAUAUUACCUUAGUUUUAAGGGUUUAUUCCUUAUCGGGCAGCUAUAUUGAAAGAAUUGUUUACGUCAAUUUUAAUCAAACAGGUCCAGAAAUUACCUUAAAUUCUAAAAAUGAGAUUGUUGAAGAGCUAACUGCCUUAAUUCCUAUUAAUCAUUAUGAAAAACUGCUUCAGACCUCAGCCAUUUUGUCAUCUCUAUUACGAAGCCCAGUCCACCAUUUUUUGCCUGAUAUAACAAGCUGCAUAUGCGGUACAAACGGGAAUUGUGUUGACAAUAAAUGUGUAUGCAAUACAGGCUGGGAAGGAAAUACCUGCGAAUAUGAGCAAGGAGAAAUAAACAUAGACACAAAAAUCGCCUCCACACUUCUAAACAAUAUAAAUACUGCUUUUACAUAUCUUCCCAGAAACAAAAAUCUAGAUCUUAUGACAUCAGCAGUUUUAGUCAAAAUUUUAAGCAAAACUGAAAUCAUCACUUUAGACACAUUUAACCAAGUUUUAAAUAUUUUACAAUCUUUCUUAAUCCCCAGCAGUAUUGAUACAAAUUGGAAUGAUCAGUCAUGUGGGAAAAUUCUUGGGGAUGAAAUUUUGGAAGGAACAAUCGAAAACAUUUUUAUUUGUUUGUCGUCAUUAGCUGAAGUCGGGAAUAAUAGUCAAUCAUCUUCAUAUAUCAGUGGGAUAAAAGAUUAUAUUAUCAGUAGUCUUAAUUUACUUGGAAAUAUCAUGACCUACCAAAAGACAAUUUAUGAAAAUUCAGUUUCACUGAAGACUGAUAUAUUGAGUGCGUCUUUUGCUAAACUAGAAAAUUUUUCAGGAUCAUUUAUAGAUACCAAUUCUAACAGUUCCAUGUCUAAUGCAAGUGCAUCUUUAUCAAUUAAUGGGCCAAAAACACUAUUUACGUUUAUUGAAAUUAAAUUGAAUAUUUAUAACUGGAUAUCCCAGACAAAUUCCUCGUCAUCACUCAUUAUAAUUAACCACAAUACAGCUGACACAUGCCAAACCCAAACUAUUAACGCUAUUGUCAAUGUAUCAAUACCAAUUACCAAUCCAACCAAAGAACUAAAUUAUAACUGUGUUUCUUGAAGCAGCAAAGACUGGACUCCUGAUGGCUCUCUUGAAGGUAUUACUUAUUCAAAUACAUCAUAUAGAUCUGAUAUUACAAAUUGUACGUUUUCUCAUUUGUCUGCAUAUUCUGUUUCAAGCUAUAUCAAGAAAGUAGAGCCAAUUGUAAUAUCUUCUCGUAAUCGUAAAGAUUAUAAUCUUCCAGCAAUAAUAUUGCUGGCAGCUAUUGCAGCUUUGGAUAUAUUAUGAAUUAUUUGGGGUGUUAAAAGAGAUAAUAGAGAUGCCGCAAGAGUUAGCCCAGCUUCUGAGCAAAGCUUUUCAGAAUCAAGCUCAGGACCGCUUCAGACCCCUCCAAAAACUAAUAUUUUUUGGCUUAUACUGAAAAACUGCCACUAUUUUGCAUCAAUUUUUUAUCGAUAUGACCCAGAGCUUCCAAGAUCACAUAGAAUUUUGAUUGUAAAUGUAAGAGUUAUCGGGACAGCAGGAAUUUUAGCAUAUCUUAAUUUCUUGAUUAGCGGGAUUCUUAUAGUUGUAUGCCUUGCAUUAGUCGCUUGUGGAUUUUCAUUUUUAUUAGGAGUUUUCCUAAUUAGGCUAUGCAAAGAAUACUCAGAAGACAAUAAAGUUGAAAUGGAUUCAAAUGCAAAUUUCCAAGACGCUGUAAGAAGAUCUCCAGUAAUAAAAUUACCUGAAAUUGAAGAUGCUGCAAGGCAACAGUAUUUUCAUGUAAGAAAUCUAAGUACUACAACUGCGUUUCAUGAUAGCGCUAAUAUCUCUGCUGUUUCACUAACUCCCCCCUCCGUGAGUGAAAAAAAAAAAUUUUGUUCACUCAUGAAAGGGGGUUAAUCUUCUUUUAAAAAAAAUUAAUAUAUAAAUUUUAUAGAAAAAAUUUUUUUUUCUCGAAAUUUUAAAAAAAAUCCUAAUUCGCAAAAAUUGGAAAGCAAAUAUUAAUUUAAUUUAUAAAAUUCAUUUUUAAAACGCAAUUUAAACAGAAUUAGCUCGAGAUUUCAUUAUAAUAAUUAUCACUUAUGUAUCAAUUCUUUUUUUAUAAAACAUUUUUUCAAUUAAAAAAAAUUUUUGUUCGCUCACGGGGUUUUUUGGCAAAAAAUAGGGAUUUUUCUAAUGGCUUUGUUCACUCACAGAGGGGGGGAGUAAGAGAAAGAUCUAAGAGAAUUGUUGGGUGGCUAAUAGGAAUUUCUAUUUGUGGAUGUUCUUGUUAUUCAAUACUAACUGCCAAUUUUAAUUGGUAUAUCCCUUUUAUUGCUGGGUUAUGCCUGGAUUUUUUUGGUCUCCAAAUUGCAUCUAUGUUCUUCCAAUAUCUUGCAAUAAAAGUGGGAAAAGGCAUUGACUAUUUUGCUUCGAAAAAGAUGAAAGAGAUCAUUUCAAUUGAAUUUACAAUUUAA